AUGUCUUCCUCAUCAAGUGAUGAAGUUGAUGAAGCUUUAGAAGAAAUGGUCGACCAAGUAGUUGAUAAUUUCAUCGACUCAGUGAUAGAUGCUCACCCCAACAAGCAGAAAAGACGGGCUUAUAUCGAAAGACAUCGUGAACAAGGACACAAUCAGCUAUGGAACGAUUAUUUCCAAGAAAAUCCUACAUACCCACCGCAAAUGUUUAGGAGGCGUUUUCGAAUGAACAAGCCAUUGUUCCUCCACAUUGUCGAACGUGUAAGUAAUGAAGUUCCAUACUUUCAGCAAAGACGAAAUGCUUGCGGAAGGUAUGGGCUAUCUGCACUUCAAAAGUGUACGGCAGCUAUACGUAUGCUGGCAUAUGGUCAAUCAGGAGAUACAUAUGACGAGUAUCUCCGACUUGCUGACAGUACUUCACGUUUAUGUUUGGAAAAUUUCACUAAUGCAAUUAUAAAUUUGUUUGGAGAUGAGUAUCUCCGCAGCCCUACAGCUGAGGAUCUUCAACGAUUGCUCGAUGUUGGAGAGGUACGCGGUUUUCCAGGGAUGAUAGGCAGCAUCGAUUUGGAGAACGAACGACACGGAUACGCUCAAAUUGACACAUCUGAGUUCGAGUCAGGAGAGUCAAGUAGAAGUUCGAGGGUGACAAGGAGGGAUAGUAUUCAUGUCGAUAUGUUAGGCAUGCGCAGAGAAGUUCGAGAUCCAGCGAAACAUGCUCGUCUUAAAGCUGAUUUAAUGGAAAAUAUAUGGCAAAAGUUUGGUGAUGACGAUGAAUAA